AUGGAAAGUAAGAAACCUAAGGGACAAAGAAUUAUGAAGCGCAAGAGCAAUAUAAGUACACAAAUUAAAGGUAAAGAUCGAAGGGGGGAGAAAACCGGUAAGAGUCUGGCAGGGCUCACGCCAAGGAGUACUUCCCAGAACUUCUGCUGCCAGUGUCCUUGUCCCCACGGUGAGCCACAGCCACCCCCUGCCUCUGCAGGAGACCCUCCAACACUAGCAGGACCUCUUGAAAUAAAACUGCCGAAAACAAAUCCAGGCGAUCACAGCGGCAGCUGCGGCGGCGGCGGCGGCAGCAACAGGAGGAGGAGGAGGAGGAGGAGGAGGAGGAGGAAAGCUGGAGCUGCGGCAGCGCUUCGGCGUGGCUGGGCUCCGCGCAGCUGGACUCCGCGCAGCUCCCAUUCAUUAAGCAACCAGCCGCGGAGGAAGGUGGUCGAGCGCCCGCGCUGCCCGCUCGCUGCUUUGCACACGGACACGGGAGCCCCGCGCGUCCGGGGCAGCGCGGCGCUGCAGAAGUUUCUGCUCGGGAGUUGUCUCUCUCCCCCCUGGACUUCCGAACGAUUCGGAAUUGAGGCAGGAAAAGCAGAGGAGCCCCAGGGGAGCAGAAAGCACCACCGCCUGCCGUUGGAAGCGGGCAGCGGGGCCGCACUCUCGCGCCGCGCCCCGAGCAGCCUCGGCCGGGAGGCGACCCGGGCGUCUGGGUGUGUGACUGCUGUCGCGGGGCGUCUUGACCAGCGCCAUGCAAAACUACAAGUACGACAAGGCGAUCGUCGCGGAGAGCAAGAACGGCGGCAGCCCGGCGCUCAACAACAACCCGAGGAAGGGCGGCAGCAAGCGGGUGCUGCUCAUCUGCCUGGACCUCUUCUGCCUCUUCAUGGAGUUGGCAUGAAGCUUCGACAAACACAGACCGAUGGAAAAGUUAAACAGGACUGAGAGCAAGCCCAUUUUGUCCAGAUCCUUCACACUUAGAAUGCAGAGCAGCUGGCAGGAGGCAGCUUAGAUCACAGGAGUCAUGGCAAGCGCUGUUCCUCCACCGUGGACUGGUGAUGAAUGGGAAAUGCUCACAGAAGCAAGGGGAAAAUGGAUCAUUGC